GCCAAGCUCAACUAAACACCAUGCUAAACACGCACAACCUUCGUGAGCGCUAAGAAGUUUUUAUUCAUGCAAGUAAUUCGUUUGACAGCGUUAAUGUUUUGAUAAGUGUUUGAUUUUCUUUCAGUGCAAAAACCCCCAACACGAUACUGCUUUUUUCUGACAACGUUUGAAGGCUAGCCUGUUAGCUAAAGUUCUGUUUGUCCGAUCUUUGUUUUAUUAUUUAUUAUUUGUUGUCCCGGCAAAGACUGGAAGGUGACGGAAUGGAAAUAAUUAACAAGCAAAGCAUCCAUGUGGAGGUCCAUGUUAAAUCCCUCAGCACAGCUCCACAUACUGAGGUGAAGAAGCAUGUUCAGGCGCUGCUGAAUCGCCACAGCAUGUUAUUUGGAAACUACAGAUGGACAGAGUUUGAUGAAUCAUUCCUGGAUAAGCAUGUGGAAUCUGUCUCUAUAGUUGACCUUGAGGAAAUGAUAACACAGCCCAUUGAUUUAAGGAGUUGCUCUGUCUCCAUACACAUCUUCACUCUGAAUGAGGAUGGACCCAGUAUGCUCAGUUUGGAGGAGGAUGAGGAGCUUUCAGCAGCUAAUCAUUGGUUGCUGCCAGCAGCUGAAUUCCACGGGAUCUGGGAAAGUCUUGUCUAUGAAGAUGGAGUCAAAACCAAGCUCUUGGAUUAUGUGACAACAACAAUUUACUUCUCAGACAAAAAUGUCGACAGCAACCUAAUUUCUUGGAAUCGUGUUGUGCUUCUUCAUGGACCUCCAGGCACAGGGAAAACAUCGCUAUGCAAAGCUCUUGCCCAGAAACUGUCAAUUAGACUGUCAAGUCGGUAUUCUUACGGCCAAUUUGUGGAGAUAAACAGCCACAGUCUGUUUUCAAAGUGGUUCUCAGAGAGUGGUAAGCUUGUCACGAAGAUGUUUCAAAAGAUCCAACAACUCAUUGAUGACAAAGAUGCUCUUGUGUUUGUUCUGAUUGAUGAGGUGGAGAGCCUGACAGCAGCAAGGAGUGCCAGCCAGGCUGGAACGGAGCCUUCUGAUGCCAUUCGCGUGGUCAAUUCUGUCCUUACUCAGCUGGAUCAGAUCAAACGACAUUCCAAUGUGGUGAUCCUGACAACAUCCAAUGUGACAGAAAAAAUUGACUUGGCCUUUGUGGACAGAGCCGACAUCAAGCAGUACAUCGGCCCACCUUCGGAAAAAGGCAUCUAUAACAUCUACCUCUCCUGCCUUGAGGAACUGAUGAAGUGCCAGAUCGUCUAUCCUCGGCAGCAGCUUUUUACCAUUUAUGAGCUUGAAACAAUGGGCUUUGCAAAGAGUGACGUUUCUGAACACAGUCUGAUCCUGAGGAACAUUGCGCUAAAAAGCAAAGGUUUAAGUGGAAGAGCACUCAGGAAGUUACCAUUUCUAGCCCACGCACUCUUUGUAAAGACACCAACGGUAACUCUUGAGCGGUUUCUGGAGGCUAUGAGCGAAGCAGUGGACAAGCAGAGGGAGGAAAAGUCUAAUCUGUUCAACGGUGUCUGAACUUUUCUGAAGUGCCCAAAGGCUGACUUGUGAUUGUUCGAGAGCUGUCAAUUUUACAACCCUUGUUUUUUUUUUGUGUUUUUUUUUAAUGUUAAUAUUUUAAUUUGGCAGCACUAUCUUGAAUGUUUUGUCACAAACAUUGUUUUACUAAUAGCUAUUGACAACAAAAGUCUUUAUUCAGGUAAUUUUGUUGGUGCUGGCAACUGAAGAUGGGGGCAAUGUGAACGUCACCAAUGUGCCUACUUGUGGUUUAAGAUGUAAUUCAAGUGUUUACGGUUUCUCCACUCUCAGCGUUUGACAUAUACAUUAUAUAUAAAGGAAGUAAACAUAAUACUUUUUUUUGUGAACAUUAAUGUUGCUAGUUCAUUUUUGUGCAGUUAGUUAAGUGCAGAGAAAUUUGCCCCACCAAUGUGUAGCUGUCAGCUUUUGUGAUUCUGACGUCAUAGUUUCCAGUUUAUUAAAAAUGGAGGUAGAGGAAUCCAGCAAAAUUCAUUCGGUUUGUUAUGAAAUAUUAACUUUUUUAACCCAAAACGUUAUUUUCUUGUGCUCUGUGUAUAUGUGCUUUUUUUGUUUCUUUUUUAAAGGGAUUUUUUUUCACCAGCGCUGUAUAUAUGCCAAAAAACAUAUUUUUAAACUCAGGACUCAUAUGUUCGUUACAUGUUUCUAUAUGGCGCAGAAAUAAACUA